AUGACAGAAAACGAGCAAAGGGGAACAUCACAAAGAAGCAGAGGAAGAAGCUGUGGUUACAAUAACCGAAGUUCUGUUUUUCGAGGAAGAGACGGAAGAGGUCUAGCUAGAGGAGGAAGAAGUCAACCACUUUUUGCUCCAAGAGGAAGAGCAAGAGAAAGAGGAGGUGGUUACAACAACCGACCAGGAUUUGACAAAAGCAAUGUUCAGUACUACCAUUGCCACAAGUUCGGGCAUUACAACAAUGAAUGCCGGAGUAGAACAACAACAGAAGCCAGCGAGCAAAUUCGGGAGACAGUAAUCACAUGUGGUAAAAGAGAGUUGUUCAUCGAGCUUGACGAGAUUGGACAAGCACAGGUCUCAUUUGGUGAUUCUUCAAAGACUCCAAUGAAAGGAAGAGGCAAUAUGCUGAGCAAGCUCAAGAAUGGAGAUCAUAAUUACAUCUCCAAUGUUUAUUAUGUUCCUGCCAUGAAGAACAACAUUUUAAGUAUAGGACAACUCCUAGAGAAAGGAUACGACAUCAGCAUGAAAGAUUGCCAUCUUACCAUCAAAGACAGUCAUGGUAAUUUGAUCGCUCGGGUGAGAAUGUCCAAGAAUAGGAUGUUUGCAUUGAACAUCCAACAUGAUGCUGCAAAGUGUUUAAGUGCCAUCAUCAAAGACAAAGACUAA